AUGAUUAUUCUCUUAGCUUCAAUCAUCUUCUUCGUGCAGAGUCCGGUUUUUGCCGCCACCGGAAAAGAGGGUGAGCUGUUGGCCAGGCUGUGGACCCGAGAACAGAUGGUGAAGUUGGCCGGUUAUGGUGAAGAUAAGCUUUCGACAGUCACGAUUGGCGGCAAACUUCUUUGCAAAUCCGGUCGAGAUGACAAUCAUCCAUAUCCUAUCUCAGGUGCAAAAGUGUCUGUUUUAUGCAGCACAAGUGAGAGAACAAACAAAUCAUGGGCAAAAGGCAGCACAGAUGUUCAUGGUGAAUUCCUAAUUGACCUUCCCUCCAAUCUUCAUGCAACUCCCAAUUUAGAAAAAAAAUGUUCGGUUAGCGUUUUUCGAAUCCCGAGGAGCUCGCCAUGCUGGCGUGCCCUUACGGGAAAACUCGAGACAAUCAAACUCGUGUCAGCAGCCGAAGGUAUUCGUGUUUACACCACUGGCGACAUUCAUUUGGUGCCAAAAUCUUUGGACGAGCACAUGAAGGGGAAAAAGAAGACAAAACGUGCAGCAUUUGCUUUUUGGUGA